CUGAAGCAUACAAGGAGAUAGUAGGGACCUUGGGCAGCUGGUUUCCUCAUAUUUGGGCAGUACGUCUGUUAAUCCUCCUGGAGCUCGAACCAUGCUGAUCCAAGUCGUUGCCCACCGUUCGCAGGAAAGAGUGAGUGUGUCGAUCCUCGUUCGAGCAAGAGCCAUGCUGAUCCAAGUCGUUGCCCACCGUUCGCAGAGAAGAGUGAGUGUGUCGAUCCUCGUUCGAGCAAGAGCCAUGCUGAUCCAAGUCGUUGCCCACCGUUCGCAGAGAGACUAUCUUCGCGAUGAUCACUGUGCGGUGAUACAGUCCAAGUUGCUCUCUGUGGCCUCUAGCAGCUCAUCACCCUUGGAGAACAUUGUUCAGCUCAUUUCUGCUGCUGUCAUUAUCUUUGAGCACUCUUUCUAUAUUUUCGAAAAGCGGCCCUAUCUUCAGGACAGGCAGAAUUCUGAUCCCUCCUUCUAUGUCGCUCUGGAGCAGUACAUGCCAUCUCCGCAUGCAUCUGCUGUCAGGGAAGGUGUGAGCGUCGCCGUUCACACAUUCCAAGAACGCUCGUCUCCUUGGAAAGUUAAGCCAUUGUUUGGCCGCUUCCAGAUAGGAAAAAAAUCCAUUCGUGACUCCCAAAAGAUGGAGUUGGUCAACACGAUUGUUAAAAUUGCUUUAGAGCAUCGUCUGUCAAGACCUCAACAUCAAGCAAUGCAACACAACAUAGAUGGUGUUCCGAAGUAGAGCCAACGUGUCUUGGCAGUGGAUAUACGUUUCUUGGGUGGUCUGUUGAGGUUGUUUCAGGAGGUGGAAAUGUACAAUGUUGUUGCAGGCUCACGAAAUAUAGCGCUUUCCCU